GUCACCAAUCAUCGAUAACAGUCGACCUCCAUUAUCUGAUCUUCUCAUCACAGAAGAAGUUCUUCAAACUGGGAGCUGAUUCUCCUCUGGCACCAGCAUGAGCACGGACGCUGAGAUGGCCCAGUACGGGCCGGCCUCCGUCUUUCUGCGCAAACCUGAGAAGGAGAGAGUGGAGGCUCAGAACCGGCCGUUUGAUGCCAGAACCGCCUGCUUCGUUCCAGACGCUAAGGAGCUGUACAUCAGAGGAGUCGUUCAGAAGCGAGAAGGAAGCGGAAUCACUGUGAAGACUGAAGCUGCUGAGACGGUCACAGUGAGGGAGGAGGAUUGUCAUCCCAUGAACCCUCCAAAGUACGACAAGAUCGAGGACAUGGUCAUGAUGACACACCUCAAUGAACCGUCCGUGCUGUUUAACCUCAAAGACCGUUACGCAGCGUGGAUGAUUUAUACUUACUCCGGACUCUUCUGCGUCACCGUAAACCCGUAUAAGUGGCUGCCGGUGUACGAGCCACAGGUGGUGGCGGCCUACAGAGGCAAGAAGCGCAUGGAGGCGCCGCCACACAUCUUCUCUGUGUCUGAUAAUGCAUAUCAAAAUAUGCUCACAGAUCGCGAGAACCAGUCUGUUCUGAUUACUGGAGAAUCUGGUGCAGGAAAGACUGUCAACACCAAACGUGUCAUCCAGUAUUUUGCCACAAUCGCGGUGGCUGGUGGCGACAAGAAAGAGCAUGUGUCCGGAAAAAUGCAGGGAACUCUGGAAGAUCAAAUCAUUUCAGCGAACCCUCUGCUGGAGGCUUUUGGGAAUGCUAAGACUGUGAGGAACGACAAUUCCUCAAGAUUUGGCAAAUUCAUCAGAAUCCACUUUGGAACAUCAGGGAAACUGGCGUCUGCUGAUAUUGAAACCUACUUGCUGGAGAAGUCGAGAGUGUCGUUCCAGUUGUCUGAAGAGAGGAGCUAUCACAUCUUCUAUCAGAUACUGACUGGGCACAAACCGGAGCUCAUAGAAAUGCUCCUCAUAACAACAAACCCGUACGACUUCCCCAUGAUAAGUCAGGGUCAGAUCUCCGUGGCCAGCAUCGACGACAAAGACGAGCUGGUGGCCACAGAUACGGCCACCGAUGUCUUGGGCUUCACCAAUGAAGAGAAAAUCUCAAUCUUCAAGCUCACUGGUUCUGUGAUGCAUUAUGGGAACAUGAAGUUCAAGCAGAAGCAGCGGGAGGAGCAGGCGGAGCCUGAUGGCACAGAGAUUGCAGACAAAGUUGCUUUCCUCAUGGGACUGAACUCUGCUGACUUGUUGAAAGGCCUUUGUUACCCGAGAGUGAAAGUGGGGAAUGAAUAUGUCACCAAAGGCCAGACUGUUCCUCAGGUCACCAAUGCAGUUGGAGCUCUGGCAAAGUCUGUCUAUGAGAAGAUGUUCCUAUGGAUGGUUGUACGAAUCAAUGAGAUGCUGGACACAAAGCAGCCCAGACAGUUCUUCAUCGGGGUGUUGGACAUCGCUGGAUUUGAAAUAUUUGAAUUCAACAGCAUGGAGCAACUCUGCAUUAAUUUCACCAAUGAGAAGCUGCAACAGUUUUUCAACCACCACAUGUUUGUACUGGAGCAAGAAGAAUACAAAAAAGAAGGGAUUGAAUGGGAGUUCAUUGACUUUGGUAUGGACCUCGCUGCUUGUAUUGAGCUCAUUGAAAAGCCCAUGGGCAUCCUCUCCAUCCUUGAAGAGGAGUGUAUGUUCCCCAAGGCCUCAGACACUUCCUUUAAAAAUAAACUCUAUGAUCAGCAUCUUGGAAAGAAUAACGCUUUCCAAAAGCCAAAGGUUGUCAAAGGCAAGCCUGAGGCUCACUUCUCGCUGGUGCACUACGCUGGAUCUGUGGACUACAACAUCAGUGGCUGGCUGGAGAAGAACAAAGACCCUCUGAACGAGUCCGUGGUGCAGCUUUACCAGAAGUCCUCAAUGAAACUCCUGGCCUUCUUGUAUGCCUCGUUCUCUGGCACCGAAGCAGAAUCGGGUGAUGCUGGUGGUGGAAAAAGUGCAAAGAAAGGUGGAAAGAAGAAAGGCGGCUCCUUUCAGACCGUGUCUGCUGUUUUCAGGGAAAAUCUGGGAAAACUCAUGACGAACUUGAGGAGCACCCACCCUCACUUUGUGCGCUGCCUGAUUCCGAAUGAGGUUAAAACACCAGGAAUCAUGGACAAUCACCUGGUCAUCCACCAGCUGCGCUGUAACGGUGUGCUGGAGGGGAUCAGGAUCUGCCGGAAGGGAUUCCCAAGCAGGAUCCUUUACGCUGACUUCAAGCAGAGGUAUAGAAUUCUGAAUGCCAGUGCCAUACCUGAGGGGCAGUUCAUCGAUGGAAAGAAAGCUUCCGAGAAGCUCCUUGGUUCGAUCGACAUUGACCACACGCAGUACCGAUUUGGGGCGACAAAGGUCUUCUUCAAAGCUGGUUUACUUGGCACUCUGGAGGAGUUGCGAGAUGAAAAACUAGCUUCUCUGGUGACACAGACUCAAGCACUGUGUCGUGGUUAUCUGAUGAGAAAAGAAUUCUCCAAACUAAAUGCGCAAAGAGAGAGCAUCUGGAUUCUGCAAUAUAACCUGCGCUCAUUCAUGAAUGUGAAACACUGGCCAUGGAUGAAGCUGUUCUUUAAAAUAAAGCCACUACUUAAGAGUGCAGAGACCGAAAAGGAGAUGGCCACCAUGAAGGAGGAUUUCAUCAAAUGUAAGGAAGAUCUGGCAAAGUCAGACUCAAAAAGAAAGGAGCUUGAAGAGAAAAUGGUUUCUCUGUUGCAGGAGAAAAACAAUCUGCUCCUGCAAGUCCAGGCUGACUCAGAAAAUCUUUGCGAUGCCGAGGAGAGAUGUGAAGGCUUGAUCAAAAGCAAAAUCCAGCUUGAGGCCAAACUCAAAGAGGUGACUGAGAGACUGGAGGACGAGGAAGACGUAAACGCAGAGUUGACCGCCAAGAAGCGGAAGCUGGAAGAUGAAUGCUCCGAGCUUAAGAAAGACAUCGAUGACCUGGAAAUGACUUUGGCUAAAGUGGAGAAGGAGAAACACGCCACUGAAAACAAGGUCAAAAAUUUAAUGGAAGAGCUGACAGGUCAGGAAGAAAACAUUGGCAAACUGACCAAGGAGAAGAAAGCGCUCCAAGAGGCUCAUCAACAGGCACUGGAUGAUCUUCAGGCAGAGGAAGACAAAGUCAACUCUCUGACCAAAGCUAAGACUAAGCUUGAGCAGCAAGUGGACGAUCUCGAGGGUUCACUAGAGCAAGAGAAGAAGAUCCGUAUGGACCUCGAGAGAGCCAAGAGGAGGCUGGAGGGAGAUCUGAAGCUUACACAGGAGUCCAUGAUGGAUCUUGAAAAUGACAAGCAGCAAUCUGAAGAGAGAUUCAAGAAAAAAGAAUUUGAAAACAACCAGCUGCUGAGCAACAUUGCAGAUGAGCAAGCAAUCAAUAACCAGCUCCAGAAGAAGAUGAAGGAACUUCAUGCCCGUAUUGAAGAAGUGGAGGAAGAAGUGGAGGCAGAACGAGCAGUGCGCGCCAAGAUUGAGAAGCAGAGGUCCGACCUGACCAGGGAGCUCGAGGAGAUCAGCGAAAGGCUGGACGAGGCAGGCGGAGCCACGGCUGCACAGAUCGAGAUGAACAAGAAGCGCGAAUCAGAGUUCCUCAAACUGCGGCGUGACCUUGAGGAGUCCACACUGCAUCACGAGGCCACGACCGCUGCACUGCGCAAGAAGCAGGCAGACAGCAUGGCCGAGCUGGGAGAUCAGAACGACAACCUCCAGAGAAUCAAACAGAAACUGGAGAAGGAGAAGAGUGAACUGAAGAUGGAGAUUGACGAUUUGAGCAGCAACGUGGAAACAGUUGCAAAAGCUAAGGCAGGUUUUCAUAAAAAUGAGAAGAUGAAUCGCUCACUUGAAGAUCAGCUCAUGGAGCUGAAGACCAAGAAUGAUGAAAGCAUGCGACAAAUUUGUGACCUCACAAAUCACCGGGCCCGCUUACAAACUGAGAAUGCUGAAUUCUCACGUCAAAUGGAGGAGAGAGAAAGUCUCAUUUCCCAACUAACAAGAGGAAAGCAGGGAUUCACAACUCAGAUCGACCAACUGAAAAGACUGAUCGAGGAAGAAACCAAGGCUAAAAACGCCCUGGCUCACAGUUUGCAGUCGUCCUGUCACGACUGCGAUCUCCUCCGAGAACAGUACGAGGAGGAGCAGGAGGCCAAAGCUGAGCUGCAGCGGAGUUUGUCAAAGGCGAACACUGAGGUGGCUCUGUGGAGGAACAAGUACGAGACUGACGCCAUCCAACGCACCGAGGAACUCGAGGAGGCAAAGAAAAAGCUUGCCCAGCGUCUCCAAGAGGCUGAAGAACAAAUCGAAGCGGGGAAUUCAAAGUGUGCCUCGCUGGAGAAAACUAAACAGAGACUUCAGAACGAAAUGGAGGAUCUCAUGGUGGAUGUGCAAAGGUCCAACACCUUGGCUGCUAGCCUUGACAAGAAGCAGAGAAAUUUUGACAAGAUUCUUGCAGAGUGGAAGCAGAAGUACGAGGAGUCUCAGGCAGAGCUCGACGGCGCGCAGAAAGAAUCUCGCUCCCUGAGCACGGAGCUCUUCAAACUGAAGAACUCGUAUGAAGAAGCUCUCAAUCAUCUGGAGACAAUGAAAAGGGAGAAUAAAAACCUGCAACAGGAAAUCUCGGACCUGACCGAGCAACUUGGAGGGAGUGGGAAGACGAUUCAUGAGCUGGAGAAAUUCAAGAAGCAGGUGGAGACGGAGAAAUAUGACAUGCAGACGUCUCUGGAGGAAGCUGAGGCCUCGCUGGAACAAGAGGAGUCAAAGAUCCUGCGCAUGCAAAUGGACCUGAACCAGACGAAGGUCGAGGUGGACAGAAAAGUGGCGGAGAGGGACGAGGAGAUCGACCAGCUGAAGAGGAACAACCACAGAGUGAUGGAGUCCAUGCAGGGCACUCUGGAGGCUGAGAUCCGGAGCAGGAACGACGUCCUGAGAGUGAAGAAGAAGAUGGAGGGAGACCUGAACGAGAUGGAGAUCCAGCUGAGUCAUGCUAACAGGCAGGCGGCUGAGGCCCAGAAGCAACUGAGGAACGCUCAGGGGCAACUUAAGGAUGCUCAGAUCCACCUGGACGACUCGCUCCAAGCACAGGAUGAUAUGAAGGAGCAGGUCGCCAUGUUGGAGCGCAGGACCGGCCUGAUGCAGGCCGAGAUCGAGGAGCUUCGAGUGGUGGCGGAGCAGACGGAGAGGAGCCGCAAAGUGGCUGAACAGGAGCUGGUGGAAGCCAGUGAACGUGCAGGACUUCUUCACUCUCAGAACACCAGCCUCCUGAACACCAAGAAGAAACUCGAUGCAGAUGUAACUCAGCUCCACAGUGAGAUCGAGGAAGCUGUUCAAGAGGCCAGGAACGCUGAGGAGAAGGCCAAGAAAGCCAUCACUGAUGCUGCCAUGAUGGCUGAAGAGCUGAGGAAAGAGCAGGACACCAGCGCUCACCUGGAGAGGAUGAAGAAGAACCUGGAGGCGACAGUGAAAGACCUGCAGCAUCGACUGGACGAGGCUGAAAACUUGGCCAUGAAGGGCGGAAAGAAACAUCUCCAGAAACUGGAGGCUCGAGUUCGAGAGCUGGAGAGUGAGCUCGAAGCCGAGCAGAACCGUUCGACCGAGGCCAUCAAAGGAGUCCGGAAAUACGAAAGGAAGGUCAAAGAGCUGAGCUAUCAGUCUGAGGAAGACAAGAAGAACAAUGUCCGCCUGCAGGACCUGGUGGACAAGCUCCAGAUCAAGAUGAAAGCCUACAAACGACACGCCGAGGAAGCCGAGGAGCAGUGUAACGUGCACAUGGCGAGGUUCAGGAAAGCUCAGCACGAGCUGGAGGAAGCCGAGGAGAGAGCCGACGUGGCCGAAUCUCUCGCCAACAAGAUGCGAGCAAAGAGCCGCGAAAUUGGAACAAAGACACAAGAGGGACAGGGCGAGUAACUGAGCGUGGAACAAGAUUUAAAACACCAGUGUGUGUGUGUGUGUGUGUGUGUGUGUGAUACUAAAGACAUUAAAUACACAUAUAUUAUAAUACUAAUAUUAAUAUCAUUCAUAAUUCAAUGAAUCUGAACAAUAUAAAUUAAAGCUGCAGUGUGUAAAUUUGGCAGAUGUUUGCAGAUGUGAUCACUUUUGUGAAAAACAUUAGACUGGUACAGCAACCGGUGUUUACUGACAUUAAAAUACUCUGCUUGGAACAACGUUUGCCUGGUUUUGCUUUUUGCAACGUGACAAACCGACAGUUCAACAGUGUCGCUCAGACGAGUUUGUUCAUUUACGAAGCUGUUUCAAGUUCCCACCAAGUUUCCUGAAAUUUGGUGCAAUUUUAACCUUGUUCAGAUUGUAAUUUGUGCCACGUGUUAAAUGCUGAACAUCAGAUUAUUAAUAUAUGAUAUAAAGAUAAAAAAAAGGGCCACAAUGUGAAACUGAAACAAAGUCUUCACCGAUAACAACGGUGCAGUUUGUGUCCGUGAAGUGCGCAGAUGAAGUUAGAUUAGGUGACGUGAGGUAAAACGAGAGGAUAUGAGAUUAGAAAAGAAACGCUGAGAAGAGAUCAAAUAAGAUAACAUGAGAAUAUGAGAUAAACAAGGAUGAGAUGAGACAAGAUAAGAGAUGAGAUGAAAAAAGAUAACAUGAGUAUGAGAUUAGAUAAAAUGAGAAAUGAUAAGAGGAGAUUAGGCAAUAUGAGAUAAGAGAUAAGAAACGCUAAGAAGAGACAAGAUAAGAUGAGGUAAUAAGAUAAGAAAUAAGAUUAAGUUUGAGAUUAAAUAAAAUGAAAAAUGACAAGAGAUGCGAUAAACAAGAAAAUAUGAGAUGUUAUUAGACAAUAUGAGAUGAGUGUAUGAGAGAAGAAACGCUAAGAAGAGAUAAAAUGAGAUGAGAAGAGAAACGACAGAAAAACAUCGCUGUGUCUUCAGCGUUCGCCGUCUCUUCUCAUACCAAACGGCCACAAACAUAGUUUUUUAUUCUGAUGACUUCAGUCCAUGUGAACUCAGCUCCUGUGAGACUUUAAAUGGGUUCAUUACACAUUUUAUCACCUUUAAUGUGAUCUCUUUACAUCUGAAGACCAGCUCAUGGUCCAAGACGUGUCUUUGUUCUCCUGCAUGUGUUCAGAUGAAGAGCCCAACUCUUAGUCCACACACAGACAUCGGUGAGACAGGGACGUCCUUGUUUUGUCUCACAGUGUCCUCUUUUGUGUGAGUCCAGAACCACUGCAUGUUU